CAUUUUGCAAACUGUUGACAGCUUUAACAUCUUUGCCUCAGAUUGAAAACCACACAUAGGCCUACUGAUCAGUUAUUGACUCAUGUUUCUCCUCCAUGUCAUCGCCAGUAAAACCAGUAACAAAAGCAUCCCUGCCUUUCAAAACGUGGGUCUCAUGCAAAAGCAGAAAUCGUUCACAUUCUAUUGUGUACUGUUGUUUUGUACAGAACAUCAUAGGAUGUGGGGAAAUGUUGCAUCAACUUACACCUGUGACCUGCAGAUGCACAUCUAUAUCACGUGAUUUAUUCUAAACCUGCCACACAUUUCUUGUAAAUCACUCUGCUCUACAGUGUGCUCUUAAUCCCUCCCCCUAUUGGACAACUGGUUGUCAACUGAAUGCUUUUUGUUGUUAAUAUAUGCACAAACUGUCUCUUCAGAAGAUUUCAAAUCCAUGCCCCUUGAAACUCAUUGGCUGAAUUGAAAUAUGACCUAGGGAAACAAUGUCAUCAUUACAUUGUUGUUCGAAUAAAAGCUGAUGGGUAGAGACAAGAUUUGAACUUGAUUCAAGAUUUCAAUAAUCUCGUAGACCAGGAUUUAUAGUAUCAUCGCCGUGGGAUGGCUUCCAAUAGCUGGAAAAGCAAAGUUCUUUUGAAUGUGCUUUCCUAUCUUGACUACAAGACAGGAAAAUUCAUAAUUGUAGGAAGCAAGAGAGUCGGCAGUUUGUACAGAGUUAUACAAUUAUCCAUCAUUGGAUACCUUGUUGGGUAUGUAUUCCUGAGCAAGAAGGCCUACCAGACCAAAGAGGAAUCUAUCCAGAGUACUGUGAUGACUAAACUGAAGGGAGUGGCGGUCACCAACACAUCAGAGUUUGGACGGAUGGUGUGGGGACCUGUGGACUAUGUCAUUCCACCCCAGGGGGAAGCAGUUUUUUUCAUUGUUACCAAUUUUAUAGAGACACCAAACCAGAAGUUGGGCAACUGUGCUGAGUUGUGGGGUAUUGUUCCACAGAGCCCCAAUGUGCCAGAUGGCCACUGUAAGGGAGAUGAAGACUGUGCAGAGGGAGAGUUGGUGGUAGCUGGCCAUGGAGUUAGGACAGGCCGCUGCUUGAGAGACAAUGGGAAAUCCAAUGGUACAUGUGAGAUAUAUAGCUGGUGCCCCGUUGAGAGAAGAUGCCAACCACAGGAUAGACAUAAACACAAUAAUAUGUUAAGAGAAGCUGAAAACUUCACCAUCUACAUAAAAAAUGUCAUCCGAUUUCCCAAAUUCAGUUUCUCAAAGGCCAACGUUCAGGACACGGCUGAUAAAUUCCAUCUGAAGAAAUGUCGCUACGAUGAGGCUCUUGAACCCUACUGCCCCAUAUUCCGUCUGGGAGACAUUGUUAACCAAACUGGACACAGCUUUCAGGACAUGGCUUUGAAGGGUGGUUUAAUUAGAAUUCUGAUUGGGUGGGAGUGCGACCUUGCCAGAGAUCCCUCAGAAUGCCAGCCACGGUACGACUUUACUCACAUUGACGUUAAUGUGUCCAGAGAGUCCUCAGGAUUCAACUUCAGACAUGCUCGCUAUUUUAAAACGGGGUCUGGAGAAAGCUACCGAACACAUUUCAAAGUGUUUGGUAUACGCAUCAACAUUGUGGUGCAUGGGAAGGCUGGAAAGUUCUGUAUCAUACCCACCAUUAUCCAUAUAGGCUCAGGACUAGCUUGUAUUGGUGGUGGGGCCUGGUUCUGUGACUGGAUUCUUCUUUACCUGAUGAAAAAUAGGGAGUUCUAUAAGGACUGGAAGUUUGAAAAUGUGAAGAACAGUACUACAGAGGAUAUAAAACAAACCCCAGAAGAGCAGCAGCUCACUGACCUAUCGCCUGAGAUUUAACACCAUGGCAGCAGCUCACUGACCCAUCGCCUGAGGUUUAACACCAUGGCAGCAGCUUACUGACCCAUCACCUGAGGUUUAACACCAUGGCAGCAGCUCACUGACCUAAUCACUUAUUGUUUAAUCAUGGCAGCUGCUCACUUAGCCUUGCCUAGUUAAAUAAUGGUUAAAUACAAAAACAAAAGAAGCCGACGUAAAAGACAUGCCUGAGCGGGAUGCCACACAUUCUGGUCAUGAGGAGAGAGAGAGAGAAACUGUCUGAGGUUCUCUUCUUCACUGUUCAACUAAUCCAUACUCUUUUAGGGUCCGGGUAGAAGCCUUUUUGGUUCCAGGCAGAACCCUUUUGGGUGCCAUGUAGAACAAAAAAUGGUUCUUCAAAGGGUUAUCCUACGGGGACAGGCGAAGAACCCUGUUAGGUUCUAGAUGGCACCUUUUUUCUAAGAGUGCAGUAAAUGUGGAGGAGGAGUUAAGAUGGAGUGUUGCCUUGUUGAUAUUCCAGAUUGAAACAAAUGUAAAGAGCAAGCAAGCACGUGCCAUAGCUAGCUACUAGACAGAUAUUAGCUAGCGUUAUCUAGAGAUAAUGGAAUCUCUGACAAAGUUGACAUCAACAAAAUUAGUAUGUGGUGUCUGUCGACUUUGUCAAGAACUUAAUCUCGAGGAAAGACAGGAGGUUGGUGGCACCUUAAUUGGGGAGGACAGGCUCAUUGUAAUGGCUGGAGCAGAAUCAGUGGAAUAGUAUAAAAAAUAUUUUACCUUUAUUUAACUAGGCAAGUCCGUUUAAAGAACAAGUUCUUAUUUUCAAUGACGGCCUAGGGACAGUGGGUUAACUGCCUUGUUUAGGGGCAGAACGACAGGUGUGUACCUUGUCAGCUCGGGGAUUAAAUCUUGCAACCUCUUGCAAAGUACAUCAAACACAUGGUUUGAUGCCAUUCCAUUUGCUCUGUUCCAGCCAUUAUUAUGACUGGUCCUCCCCUCACCAGCUUCCACUGACCUAUAGGCAUUUGCUAUAUGUUUCACCGGGACUGUAAACAGCGAGGCGCACGUCCAAAAGUGGGCCGUAUCUCCUUAAAACCAGAUGGUUCUGGGUUCCUUCGACCUCGCUGAAAGUGGCAACUCCUUAUGGAAUUAAACUGGACAACAUGCGUGACAGCAUAUAGGCUUCCUCUGUAGAACUAUUCUUGUGUUAUUCACUGAUGGAUAGUUUGUUUUAUCACAUUUGUUUUACCAUUUGUUUGUUUUAUCACUGAAUAUUGUGUGAUUUAGCAUACAUAGUUUGCAAUUUUUUGUAAUUUCUGAUAACCUGUAUAAUCUUCGGUUUACAUCUACAGUUAAUCUAUCUUUUACCUUUGUCCUACUUUCAAGUUACAACUGUAGUCUUCAUGGCCAUGUAUCAUUUCAUUUCUAAAUUGUUCAUUUGUUGUUUGAAUAUUUCAUUAUUUUUUUUACUAAUAAAAAUAUUUGUUUCAUUUAAGCACA